AUGAAACGCCAAAGGCUCGUCGAUAAGGAAUGGAUUCUGCAAUUCCCUAUCGAGUAUUUUAUCCAUAAGGAAGUACAUGAGUUAAACUCAACACAGGCUCAAAGGCUAGUCAGCUUGUUCAAAAAUGGAUGCGAAACUGCCUACAUUGCACGAUAUCGAGGAGAUGUGCACGGUUAUUUGGCACCGGAAAAGAUCAGAAAGGCAAUGGAAGCAUACGUGGAUGCAAAAAAUCUGAACAAUAAAGUCAGCUCAGCCAUCUCAACUGUGACAGCAAAAGUCGCCGGAGCACAGGAGAAGAUCAUAGUCACAGAAAGGUUCAAGAGAUGUGAGGAAUUCGAUGAAGUCACCGAUAUUUCUAAAGAAUAUUCUACUGGGACAAGAAAAACGAAAGCGAAUAUUGCCAGGGCCCUGGGCCUCGAGCCUCCAGCACAGUCGAUUCUCGAUGGAAACUUUGUUGAUUUUAAAAGUCUGUUGUCAAAUGGUCUGAAAACUGUCAAAGAUGUUGAAGAACAUUUGAAGAUUUGCCUGGCCGAUUUGAUUAACAGAGACGAAGAAGUUCGCAAAGUUUCUGCAAACAUUGAUAUUCUGAAGAAGGAAUGUCGGGUUUCCGCGAAGCUAAGCAGAGAAGCGGAAAAAAAUAGAAAAGACCUGGAAAAGAGAGGCAUCAUUGAAAAAUACAAAAACUUCAUCGGAGAAAAGUGGAAUGCAGAGGAUAUCCGUGAUCAUACUGUCUCUGCACUGAAUAAAGGUUUUGAUGAAGGCAUCAUUACGUGGAAAAUUGAAUGUGAAUUCAACGACGCUAAGUAUAUUCAUCCGUUCUCGAGGAAAAGUGUGUAUUUUGGCAUGAAAAACUUUUAUCAAGAGGCUCUCGCUUAUUCCAUCAAAAAUUAUUUUAUUCCGAGAAUUGAACGGAAAAUGGCAAAUCAUCUGAAGGAUAAGGCAAAAGAUCGAUCAAUUGUUCUGUUCGGUGAGAAUGUUGACCAACUGCUGUCUCAAGAAGGAAUCCGUGACAAGUUUGUCAUCGCUUUGGAUCCAGGCAGAAGCAAAAUCAAAACUGCGUUUUUGAAGCCAACUGGCGAAGUCGUUGAUAUGAGUAGUUUUUCGAUUUAUGGAACAAGAUUUGACGGAGGAGGCGUCGAUUUGUUGAAGAAAUGGUCGCAGCAAACAGAGAGAAAAGAUAUUGUAUUCGCAAUUGGAAAUGGUACGAAUACAUACAAUACACAGAUUGCUGUAUCAGAUAUGAUCAACAGCAAUGUGUUCCCCAAAGAAAUUAAUGUGUCUUACUGUAUUGUCCCUGAACAUGGCGCUUCGAAGUAUAGUUGCACUCCAUCUGCAAUUGAAGAGUUUGGAGAAAAUGCGGAGAUAACAGAAAUUUCUGCAGUUUCAAUCGGUAGACGUCUUAUUGAUCCAAUGUCAGAAUACGUGAAGAUCGAACCACAACACUUGGGAAAAGGACAAUAUCAACUUUCUGUGGACCCGAAAAAAUUGAACGAAAGUUUGCUGAAUGUUGUACGCGACAGAGUCUCCUUCAACGGUGUUGAUCUGAAUACAGCCAGCAAGAAUUUGCUUCAAAGAAUCAACGGACUCAAUGAGAAAACUGCCAAAGAAAUUGUACAGUAUCGGGAGCAGAAUGGCAGAUUCAGAUCAAGAGCAGAAUUGAAAGAAGUCAAAGGAAUAGGCGCUCUCACUUUCCAACAAUGUGCCGGAUUCCUGACUGUGUCUCGUCCAGAUGACGCCGAAGAUGGACCACCAAAGAAAAAGUUCAAAAAGUCUUCAACAUCCAAGGAAUGGAAUCCAUUUGACGAGACUAUAGUUCAUCCGGAUGACUAUAGAACUGGUGAAAGCUUGCUGGGAAAGCUGAAUGUCAGCAUCGAAGAUAUAACUGGCAGAAUAAAAUCAUUUUCAAUAUCACGACUCACCGCCGAGGAGGCUAAAGUUCUCAAUUUGCUUCAAAAUCUUACACUGAAGACCAAAAUGAAGCCUCCACCACCAUUAAGAACAAAAGUUGGUCAAAUUCGUGAUCUUGCUGAAGGCCAGAGAUUUACCGGAACGGUGUCGAACAAGACCGAUUUCGGAGUUUUCAUCGAUAUUGGAGUCGGACAAGAUGGACUUGCGCACAUCAGCCAUUUCAAGGACGGACACUAUUCAUUGAUGCUUCCAUCUGUCAAUGACAGUGUCGAAGUUGUUAUUGAUAAAAUUAGAGAAGACGGAAAAAUUUCCCUCAGUCCGGUUUAUUAAAACGAGUUCGAGGAACGGCGUAUAAAGUGUCAUCAUCAUUCCAUUUUAAUGCAUGUACUAAUUUCUUAUUUUUGAGCAAACGCAUCAUACAGAUAAUAGGUAAUAAACUUGUUUUCUGACU